ACUUCCGUCAUUAUCAAAUACUGACGUUGAAAUAAUUUGAGAACAUGAAGUACGUUUGGGUGUUAUUUUUAGCGGUUUUUGUAGCGCAUUCUCAAGCGUUCAAGUUUACGAGAUGCGGAUUGGUUCGGGAAUUGAGGAGGCAAGGGUUUCCUGAGGACAAAAUGAGGGACUGGGUCUGCCUCAUAGAGCACGAGAGUGGACGGCGUACCAAUGUUGUAGGACCGAGAAACAAGAACGGUUCCUACGAUUACGGACUAUUCCAGAUUAACGAUGGAAUCUGGUGUAGCAAUUCCAACACGCCUGGAAAGGAUUGUAAUGUAAAGUGCUCAGACCUCAUCACAGACGACAUUACAAAGGCUUGCACAUGUGCGAAGAAGAUCUUCAGGAUCCAAGGCUUCCUAGCCUGGUACGGCUGGCGAAACCAUUGCACGCACCCGAGCGAUCUACCCGACAUCAGUAUGUGCUAAAGAGAAUAUGUAAAUGAGGUAUAAAUGUACCUAUUAAAAAUUCAUAUUGAAGUAGGCUUUAAGGACCCUGAAGUAGGCUAUGUCUCAAGUAUCCUGUAGGUACACGUGUAUUCUAAGUGUACUUCACUUAAAUUUAUCUCUCUGUACAAAGUGACACUUCUUUGUAAUUUUAUUUUAUUUAUUUUGUUUUAUUCAGAAAACAAACAGCUUACUAACUGAAAAUCAGUUACAAACUUCGUAAUUGAUUAAUUUGUUUUGUGUUUAUAAAACUCAAUAAUAUACUCCUAAAUAAAAGUUUGCUGUAGAAUAAAAUUUAAAAUAAAGCCUGGGGAGUGGAGCUAGUAGGGCUAGGACAACCCAUUAUUAAAGUUUUAUGUAAAUUCAA